AUGGCAUCAAACGGCAAAAAGGAAGAAGUUAGCACAACUGUAAAGCUACACUUGUCGGAACAUCAAGAUGAGCCCAAUUCCAAAUACUUGCACCAACCAGUACCUAAAAAACCUUCACAACUACAAGAGAGUGAUUUAGUCAACAACAAAGAAACAAAAGUCAAACCUGCCACUCAUCAUCACCAGUCGCUGACAUCAUUCACCAGCAAAAAGCUUCCAUCGUUGGUGGUUAAGCAAGAUCCAAAUUUGAAAUCGUGUUUAUCUCAAACACCGUCCAAAGUCGAUCAAUCAAUACAACCACCACAUCCUCCUGCCCCUACAGCAUCAGGACAACAUUUGGAAGCAACAUCGCAUCUGAAACAGCAUCCACAAUUUGUAUCAACGGAUGAUAUCAGUCCUACUCAACAUGGACUAGCACCAGGCUCACAAAUUGAAGAAUACAUGCCUAUUGGGUCCAACUUUACACCACUAAUUUCAUCCCAAGGUAGUGCGACGUCCAGUUUGGUUUCUCCCCCACCUUCAACAAAGCCAGUUAUGUCGCCACCUGUUUUCAAUCCACUACUGAGCAAUCUGCACCAGCACCAGCACCAGCACCAACAACAACAACAUGAGCAACAACAGCGCCACCACCAAGAACAACAACAACAACAACCAACGACAGAACAACGCCCUCCAUUAGGGAUAUCGCGAAUGAAUUCGCUAACCUACUCACAAAUUGAUGACAAGAAAUUCAUUGAAUCUACGCGACAAUCGGCUAAUACAUCUGCCACUGAUAUCAAACCACAUAAUGAGGAUGCAAUCAUGUCGUCAGACGAUAACAAGUUGCAUUUACUCAUUGGCAUCACUGGAUGCAUUUCUAUUCACAAGAAUAUUUUCCUUAUUAUUGAAAAAUUAUUUGAAUUAUAUACCCAUGAGAAGUUAGAAAUUCAAGUACUUUUAACCAAAUCAGCUGAAUACAUUUUACUGGAGAAAUUGCAUAAAUUGGAUGAAAUGGGAGUUAAAGUUUGGUUUAGUGAUGAUGGAGAGAAAUACUUUCUCACAUCUCCCUUUCAAAAAGUUUAUUCCAAUGCCGUAGCUCUGGGGCAAUUGCCGUUGAAAAAACAGAUUGGUAGUCAUGUAUUUCAACAGUACAAUUUAUCAUAUGAUUUACAAAGGUGGACUGAUGUGUUGUUAUUGGCUCCAUUGAGUGCCAAUACCAUGGCUAAAUUGAUUAAUGGGUUGGCUGAUAAUCUAUUGACCGAGUUGUUGCAUGUGUGGCCAAUGCCUCAAGUACAUCACAUAUCGGAGCAAACACGGAUAACAUCUCCACCACCGCCAACCUCAACAACAACUACAACGACAGCUUCUUCUGGUGCUGAUGCUGCUGCUGCUACAAAUGCAGCACCACCAACCUCUGCUGCUCAAGAUGCGAAAAAAGACUCAACUAUUUUAUCAAACAACUUGAUUGCUCCCAAACCCAUAGUUGCUGCAUUAGCAUUGACGAACUCGAUGUAUUCCCAUCCAAUAACAAAGAAACAGUUGAGUCUAUUGCAAGAGACUUAUCCCAAUAUGACCAUUUUAAAACCAGUGGAGAAGUGUGUUGAUAUGGAUGGAAAUAUUGCCAUGGGUGGUAUGAGAUCAUGGAGAGAGGUUGUUGAUUUUGUUUCAAAGAAAUUGGGUCCACCUCAAGAGGAUGAAGAUGAGGAAUGUGAUGACAAAGAUGACAAAGAUGAUGAUGAUAAUGAGGAGGAGGAGGAGGAGGAAGAAGAAGAAGAAGAAGCAGAGCAUGAUGGAGGUGUCAAACUAGUCAAAAAGGUGGAAGAUACAAUUGCAAAUUCAAAAUCCAAGCCAGCUCAACUAGAACAACAAGGUCCUUCGACAACCACUGCCUCCUCAUCUACAUUGACAAAAGUAGCGACAGCACCAUCACAAUCUCGAUCCAGUGAUAAUGUGACUAGUGGAGGAAGCAAUAAAUCAGGCGAGAGGCGCAGAGGUAACACCAUUACGCGAAGAGAGUUGGCAGAGCAUGAAAGGUUGGCUUCUCAGAAUGCUUUAUUGAAUGCCGGUAUUGGGAAAGUAGGAUUAUAG